AAUCUUUUUUCUUCUCUAAGGUAAAUUACGUGCGGAAUAAACACAGUUUAUUAAUUAAAGUGCACGAAAAGUGUGGCGAUGUAGAGCUUAACAGGUGUACGAAAUGCGUCUGCGACGCCGCUGGCAUCGGCGGAUGCGGCGUACAAUUGAGAAAAUCUAUCGGCUUAAAAUGCAAUCGCGCCGCAAGUUGGUUUACUUAGCCGUAUUUGGAGCACUAUGCGUAAUAUUGUGGCUGGCUGGACAGCAGUUGCUGGCGACUUCGAAUGGUCACGAUAGUAGCUACUACGGCGAAACGCAUUGUGCGCCCAUUGAUGCCGUCUACACUUGGGUAAACGGUUCGGAUCCGGAUUUUAUUGAGUCCAUUAGACGCUACGAUGCCAGCUAUGAUCCGUCGCGCUUCGACGACAAGAAUGAGCUAAAGUACUCGUUGCGUUCGCUGGAGAAGCACGCCAGCUGGAUACGGCACGUUUACAUUGUGACCAAUGGCCAGAUACCCAGUUGGCUGGAUCUCAACUAUGAACGUGUGACUGUGGUGCCGCACGAGGUGCUCGCACCGGAUCCCGAACAACUGCCAACGUUUUCCAGCGCAGCCAUUGAAACAUUCCUCCAUCGCAUACCAAAGCUAUCUAAACGUUUUUUGUAUCUGAACGAUGACAUCUUUCUGGGUGCUCCGCUCUAUCCGGAGGAUUUGUAUACGGAGGCGGAGGGCGUGCGCGUUUAUCAGGCAUGGAUGGUGCCCGAUUGCGCCGUGGACUGUCCCUGGACGUACAUAGGCGAUGGCGCCUGUGAUCGCCACUGCAACAUUGAUGCAUGCCAAUUUGAUGGUGGCGACUGCACCGACAGUGGAACCGGGAGUGCCGGGCAGUUGCAAGAGGACCUGCAUAGCGUGCCCGAUGUGCCCGUGCCUGUGGGACAUGUGGGCGUUCAUAAGUUUCCCAAUAUGGGUCUGCAACAGCUUUUUAAACGCAGCUCCACUAAUUUCAAGGAGCUGAUGCGUCAUAGAAAUGUGUCUACACUGCAGGAGUUGCGUCGCAUUGUGGAACGCUUCAACAAAGAUAAGCUGAAGUCUUUAAAUCCCGAGCUGGACGCCAGCAGCGCGAUGAGCAGCAGUACCAGCCGCAGCAAUCUCCUGCACAAGGAGGACUUCAAAUCCUCCACAGACAUUUACUCGCACUCGCUGAUUGCCACCAAUAUGCUGCUGAAUCGCGUCUAUGGCUUCAAGGCGCGUCAUGUGCUGGCGCACGUGGGUUUUCUCAUAGAGCGCGACAUUGUCGAGGCUAUGCAGCAGCGCUUCGAGCAGCAGGUGCGCCAAACGGCCCAUCAGCGUUUCCGUGCGGCCACAGAUUUACAGUUCGCCUUCGCCUACUAUUCGUUUCUCAUGAGCGAGACAAAGUCGCUGGGCGUGGAGCAGAUUUUUGAUGAGUUCGAUACGGAUGGCUCGGGCACAUGGUCGGAUCGCGAGGUGCGCACGUGCUUGACGCGCAUCUAUCCACCGCCGCUGGACUGGUCAGCCAUGCGUUACUUCGAGGAGGUGGUCCAGAACUGUACGCAUAACCUGGGCCAUGAUGCUGCAACAGAUAAUAAAAUAGUUCACUCGACGCUGGUAUAUGAGCGCUACGAAGACUCCAAUUUGCCCACAAUUACCCGCGAGCUAGUCUACCGCUGUCCACUGCUGGCGGAGGCUUUGAGCGCCAACUUUGGCGUCCGCUCCAGGUAUCGCUACCAUGUGAGUCCAAAACGCGCCUCGCACAGCAAUUUUAUGAUGCUCACCUCAAAUCUGACAGAAGUCGUUGAGGCGCUCGACCGCAUGCGUCGCAAUCCGCGCAAGUUCAAUUGCAUUAACGACAACCUGGAUGUUAAGCGUGGCGAGGAUAACGAGCUAGUGCGUCAUCUGCUCGAGGAUUUCUAUUUAUCUUUCUUUCCGCGACGCAGCAAAUUCGAACUGCCUCCACAAUUUCGCAAUCGCUACGUGUCCUGGAACGACUAUCAACGUUGGCGGCGACGCAAACGCGCCGUUCUCGUCGUCGGCUAUGGCGUUAGCCUGCUGCUCAUCAUCUUUCUACUCCGUCUGCUGUGCCAACAUAAGGCCAAGAUAGUGCGUCGCUGUGUGCAGCGUCUAUAGAACACGCUGAUAUUAAGGUUGUAUGAUUUGUUUUUCAUUUCAAUGUUGUGAUAAGUUGUAAGCUUUGAGAUCGUCGCCAUUUUAGCGCCAUUUAUAGGGGAAAUCUAGUUUUAGUUAAGGUCUACCUAGACUGUAUCUUAUUUAAGCGCAAUCAUGAGGCUAAUUUUAAGCGUAGUAAAGUGAAAUUUCUCUCAGAUGGGUUUCUUUUUUCGCUACUGAGGCUAAAAAGUCAACAGAUUGAGAUUAAAAAUAAUAAUAUACAUAGAAUUUUAAACAUAACCAAGCAUUUACUCAUUAAAACUACUAGUAAAGCGCUCGAUUAGCUAAUGUGCUGUUAAAUUAAAUUUAACUCGUCAACUUAAAUUUUGUUUCCAGCCACAACUUAAAUGGCUUUUCUUGUUCAGCUUUCGCUCUAUGUCACAUUCAAAUCUCUUUUAA